ACGGCAAGCAAAAGCCUGAACUGCUCUUGGGGAUCCUUUUAAUCUUUUUAGCUGGCUCAUCUUGAAAGUAAAAGUAAGUAAGCUGCAGCAGCAGCCAGCUGCAGGGUAUGCAGGCAGGAGGAGGAGAAGAUAAAGAAGAGGGAUUUGGUUUUUGGUGCCCCUUCCUUCUUCCAUUUUGUUCAGAAACGCCACUGGUUGGAGCUGGACCUUCUUCCUUCCCCUUCCUCUCCUCCUCCUGUGGCAAGCUAGCAGCUGCCAAGCAAACACAGUGUUCAGUUCUCCUUUUAAUUUCUCUCUCUCUCAUGGCAGCUGAUGCUUCUGCUGCAUGUAUGAGUAGCUGCUAGCUGCCUGCUUGGUUCUCUUUUGCUUGAGCUAGCCUGUGUGUGCACUGCUGCAAAGCCAACUCUCCUCUCCUUGUUGUGUUCUACACUUGUGCAGCUGCUGAGUGUAGAGAGAGAGAGGAGGAAGAGAAAGAAGAAAGAAAGAAAGAAUCUAAAAUUGCUUUCUUUGCAGUCAUUGACCACACCCAGUUUCAGUUUCCUCCUUUUUCAUGGUGGUGUGCUGAGAGCUGCAUCGAGGAGGCAAGUAAAGAUCGAAGCUUUGCGUCGAUUGGUGGCGUGCUCCUCCAUCCACCUAUGUUUCAUCACCAUCUACAGCAGCAGCAGCAGUUCUUGUUGGACGAGGCGGACGCGGACGCGGCGUCGGCAGAUCAGCAGGAGAGCAGCAUGUCCAACCUCACCUCCUCCGCCUCCGCCGCCGCGCCGCCUCCGUCCUCCGGCGGCGGCGGCAACAACAACAAGAGGAAGCGGAGCCUCCCCGGGAACCCAGACCCCGAGGCGGAGGUGGUGGCGCUGUCGCCGGCGACGCUGAUGGCGACGAACCGGUUCGUGUGCGAGAUCUGCGGCAAGGGGUUCCAGCGCGACCAGAACCUGCAGCUGCACCGGCGAGGGCACAACCUGCCGUGGAAGCUGAAGCAGCGCGGGAGCAAGGAGGCCGUGAGGAAGAAGGUGUACAUCUGCCCCGAGGCGUCGUGCGUCCACCACGACCCCUCCCGCGCCCUCGGCGACCUCACCGGCAUCAAGAAGCACUUCUUCCGCAAGCACGGCGAGAAGAAGUGGAAGUGCGACAAGUGCUCCAAGAAGUACGCCGUCCACUCCGACUGGAAGGCCCACUCCAAGAUCUGCGGCACCCGCGAGUACAAGUGCGACUGCGGCACCAUCUUCUCCAGGCGUGACAGCUUCAUCACGCACCGGGCGUUCUGCGACGCGCUGACGGAGGAGAGCGCCAAGGCCAUCGGCGGCGGCAUGCCAGCCGCCAUGGCCGCCGCGUCGGGGCACCACCACCACCAGCUGCUGUUCUCGCCGCCGGUGAUGGCGCACCAGGAGCUCGCCGCGCUGCAGGAGCAGCAGCAGCAGCAGCAGCAUCAUCACCAGGAUAUCAUGCAGUCGCCGCACCAGCACCAGCAGCUGGUGCAGAACUGCGGGUACGCCGUGAAGCCGGAGAUGGCGCCGUGGCCGACGAUGCCCUACGAACACCACCACCCGCUGCUGCAGCCGCUCUGCAACGCGGCCGCGCAGAGCUCGGCCACGUCCGCGCCAACGCCGCCGCAGCUGCCGGCCGCCGCGGCGCACCUGUCCGCCACGGCGCUGCUGCAGAAGGCGGCGCAGAUGGGCGCGACCAUCGGCGGCGCGGGCACAGGCUCCGCGGGGGCGCACUACGCCCAGAUGGCGUCCGGGGGCGCCGGCGCGCCGACGAGCGCGGCCGGCAGCGCCACCUUCGGGCUCGGCCUGUCGUGCCUCAACACCCAACAGGACGGCGGCGGCGGCAACGGCCUCGUACCGGCCGGAGUGAUGGGCCAGCUGGCAAGAACCGCCUCCCACGGCCGGAGCGGCGAGGACGUCGGCGGGGGAGGAGGAGGCGGAGGCACCGGCACCGGCGCCGGCGGUGGCAGCGACGGCAUGACGAGGGACUUCCUGGGGCUCCGUGCCUUCUCCCACCGCGACAUCCUCCUCGCCGGCUUCGACUCGUCGUGCAUGGGCCACGUGAACGCCGCCACCAACGCCGGCAUGGCCUGCUACGAGCCACCGCAGCAUGGACAGCCCCAGAACCAGCACCAGCAGCAACACCAAAGCAGCAGCAACGAGCCAUGGCAUGGCAUGGGUAGCCAUAGCUAGCUACUUUAGCCAUAGCCCAUAGCCAAACCUUUCUUCUUCCUCUCGUCAGCCAGCCAGCCAGGCCAUCACACAUUCGCACCUGCCACUGCCAUUGCCUUGCAUCUCCAUCACUGUGCAGAGAGAGCGCCAUAGCUUAGCUAGGGUCAGGCCACUCACUGCUUGCUACCACUCUAGUGCAAGAUGCCUUUUUGAGAAGGGUAAUCACUCUCUCUCUCUCUCUCUCUCUCUCUCUCUCUCUCUCAUAUUUCUCCUCUCUCUUGUUCUUCAAACUUAAUUUUGUUUAUCAUAUAAUAUCUCAUGAUCUUGGAAGCUAAGCUAAGCACAAUUAAGCAGCCAUGGUGAAGCUAGGCUUGGAUGGAUGGAUGGAUACUGCAAAGCACUCAGUCAGGGGAGUUUGUAAUUUUUUGUUCUUUUGGUAGGAGGAGAGAACUGUAAGCUAAGCACGGAUCAAGUGAAGGAAAACUAAAGCUAUGUGACAAUCGAUAAUAAUACAUGCACCCAUCACCUAUUUUUUUUUUGU